AUGUUCUCUCACUCGGUUCGGGCUGCUCUGCUGCUUUCUGCUCUCUCCUCGUCUUCUCUUGGCGCCCUCCUUCAAAGCGCAGACGAUGCGGCAGACCAGCUCACGAGCACACAUUACGAUUAUAUUAUUGUCGGGGCUGGGGCCGCAGGUGGUGCCUUGGCUAAUCGCUUGACGGAGGACGGCUCGACGAAGGUUCUGUUGAUUGAGGCCGGCAGCAGUGACUACAACAACACCAACAUCGAAGUCCCCUGGCUGGCGCCCGUCCUCACCCAUUCGCAAUUCGAUUGGAAUUACACGACCACUCCGCAAGAGGGCUUGGAUAAUCGGUCAAUCGCCUACGCGCGUGGAAAGGUCCUUGGCGGUUCAACGUCCAUCAACUACAUGAUCUACACGCGUGCCGCUCAGGAUGACUGGAAUCGUUUCGCAUCCGUGACUGGCGAUGAUGGCUGGAACUGGAGUAAUAUCCUCUCGUACGCCAAGAAGUUGGAGGCUUUCCAGAACUCGCCUAAUGUCCAGAACGCGACGUCGAAGUUCGUCGCCAACAUCCACGGUACCAAUGGCCCUGUCGGCGCCGGUCUUCCCCAGGUGUCUCUCCCCAUCGACCAGAUUGGCCUGAACGCACAACAGGAAUUGUCAUCCGAGUUCAAGUAUAAUCAGGAUGUCAACUCUGGAAACAUGAUCGGAUUCAGCUGGACUCCCUUCGCUAUUCAGGAUGGUGCGCGCUCCAACUCGGCCCGGGAUUACAUCCAGCCUGCGCUCGGGCGUAGCAACCUCGACGUCCUCGUCAACACUCAGGUCACCAAGGUUCUACAGACCGGCACUGACGGUAACACCCCGAUAGUCAACGCCGUCCAAUUUACGUCUGGCCCCAACGAGAAACUCUACAACCUGACGGCUAACAAGGAGGUUAUCCUUUCUGCUGGAUCCAUCGGCACGCCUCAGAUUCUCCUUCUCUCCGGCAUCGGUCCGGCGGACCAAGCCAAGUCGUUGGGCAUCCAGAGCAUCGUCGACCUCCCGGAUGUUGGUCAGAACAUGCAGGACCACCCGCUGCUGACGACCAACUUCCAAGUCAGCUCCAACGACACGCUCGACAACCUCAGUCUGAACACCACGUUCCAGGCCGAGCAGCUCGCGCUUUGGACCAACAACCGCACCGGCGACUUCACCCUUGGGGCAUGCAACCAGUGGGCAUGGCAGCGUCUUGCGGACGACGACCCGAUCUUCAAGAACGUGUCGGACCCUAGCGCCGGCCCGACCUCGCCGCACUUCCAGCUCAUCUUCUCCGAUCUGUUCAUUGCUUUCAGCGGUGGUGCGUUCCCGAGCGGCCACUUCCUGACGCUGAUCAGCAACCUGUACACGCCCACGACUCGCGGCUCGCUGACGCUCAACAGCACCGAUCCGUUCACGUACCCGAUCAUCAACCCCGGCCUGCUCAACGAUGAGAACGGCUUCGACAUCUACACGAUGCGCCAGGCACUCAAGGCAGGCCGUCGGUUCCUUGCUGCGAACGCCUGGAAGGAUUGGAUCAUUUCCGAGUUCGGCGAGUCUGCGAACGCGACCAGCGACGCAGACAUCGAUGCGUACAUCCGCAAGAACGCGUUGGUCGUCAACCAUGUCUCGGGCACUGUCGCCAUGGGCAAGAGCGGUGAUAGCAGCAAGGGAGCCGGUGCGCUCAACCCCGACCUCUCCGUCAAGGGUGUCAAGGGUCUCCGUGUAGUUGACGCCUCCGCCUUCCCUCAUAUCCCUGCUGCGCACACGAUGGUGCCGACUUAUAUCCUCGCCGAGCGUGCCGCGGACCUGAUCAAGAACUCUACAUCUACUGCUUCCGGUUCGAAAUCUGGUUCCGGCAACGGCGCUUUCACGCCGUCCGCCACGCUCGUUUCGGUGUUCGCGCCGCUCGUCGCACUUGUCGCGUUGCUCCUCUAG